ACUUCUACACGGCUGCUACCGACCCCCACUGCAACUUCUACUACUAAUUAACCUUCAUUUCAUUUUGAUUUCUAGGCGUCCUAUUCUUCAGGUUCCUAAGGCAGGAAAAUGAGCCGCCGUGGAGAGUGGUUAUGUGGGUAUUGCCAACACUGGAACUUCAGAAGCAAAGAAGCCUGCCAUCAGUGUGGCAACCCGAUGUUCAGUGGCGGAAGUGAUAUGUCAUGUGGGACAGAUGUUCUUCCUGGGGAUUGGUACUGCCCUGCCUGUGCAGCUCACAAUUUUGCCAGCAGGACCAACUGCUACAAAUGCCAAACCCCUAACUUGAUGGGCCCUGGAGGCAUCGCAUACGGAAGUGUUCCGCCUGGCUGGAAAACCGGUGACUGGAUCUGCAACAGGGCUGGAUGUGGGUGUCACAAUUAUGCUUGCAGGAUAGAAUGCUACAAGUGCAAAAGCCCAAGGGAGUAGGGUGGUGCCUAAAGGCAAAGAAUUAAGAGAGAGUUCAUGAUGCAACAUCGAUCCUCUCUCCUCACUUUAAGAAUGCCACCUUUGUUUUUCUCUCUCACCUUUGGAAGAUAUAAUAAGCUUAAUUUAGGUUAGUUUUCAUGGGAAAGGCCUUAUUUCGCAGGCAUUUGGCAGUGUAUUUGAGCUAUGGAAGGUUUCUAUCUUUAUUAUGUUGGGCAAAGUGUCCUUCGAGAACUCAUGGAAUCGCUUCUUUUUUUUAUUAAUGAAGAUAUUAUAUAAGUCCUCU